GAGAGUCCGCCUGUUCGCGCAGUGUGCCGCCCCCAUGAACUUCAGGAGAUGGGAACCCCGCUGCAAACCUAAGCUGCUUCAAACCGCCUCUGUCUCCGGCCAUCGUCUCUCUCGCCUCUUGUUUUUUAGAGGGGUCGUUAAGGAAUUAAUGAUCCGAAGGAACCACCGUACUUCUCCAUAAGUUCAUUCGGCGUUUUCAGUACAUGCUUUACACCUGGACUUCCAUUGCAUGGGGAGAGCUCGCACUUUCAUUUGUCAUAUUUACUUUUAUCGAGGAUACUACAUGUACCCCUACUAAUGGUAAGCGCCGCUGAACUUCAUAUCUGUGGCAUAUUCGAAUGCGAUUAAAUUGACAAAACAAUUAUAGCCUUUUAAAUGACGCCAACUCUAUACACGUAGCCUACAAGAUCAGCCUACAUAGUUCUUCCGUAUCCAGUUUAGACUCCGAUGAGCUACAUUAGGCUGAUAUUUUCUUCCCAUGAAAUGUCAAUGAUUGAAAUAGCAUUGGUAAUAAAUAAUAUCAGCCUAACAACAGAGGCUCAUGUUCGUGACACUGAACAUUAAAUGUAGCCCAUUGCAUUUCAUUCGAUUACUGUAGCUACUUCAUGAAAUGUAUUUGCCCCCAAGUGAAAUAAAGUGAUCACCGACUAUCCUAACGCACGCUUGGACAAUUGUGCCAGAAAUUGUUUAACAUGGAAAAACGAAUGAGGUAAUUUUCUACUAAAGAAUGAUAAGAAUACUUGCUUUGGGAGUUAACUGUUGCAUUAGUAUAAUUUUUUUGGGGGGGUUGGCACUGGGGUUUUUAGGCACCUGCACGCACAGUAACUAGUGCGCGUAUUUCCCAUUUUGGAACCGUUUGGAAUGGCUGCCCUCACUUUUACAUCAAAACAUUCAUCGCCAGGUUGUUACAGAUUCGUCAGAUUAUGGACUGACUCCUUAUAAUCGAAAUCUACAUUCAUUGAAUAGACACCCUGGGACAAAGAGACACUGGUCUUCCAUGCGUACAUUUAGCUGUGCUCUGCAGUUCAAUUAGGUGAUUUUAGAUUUCUCAAAUGUCAAAGCAUAUUUCUUAAUUCUUUUAAAAUGAUAAUUUCGAUGCCUAAUUUCGAUGCCAAUUAUCUCCAACGUGUUAUAAGAACAAACAAUUAAACCCUUUACAAUACAAACUGCUACUACAAACAAACAAAUGGCUCACAUACACAAAAUAUCAAGAUCUAUGUAUCGAAUUUAGACAUUUUUCUUGAAAAGCUCAUUAAUACAAUAAGGGAGAGGAAAUAUUUAUUUACAUGCCUAUGGACUCAUUCUGGCCUCCUCGACACAUGUACCCUUGCACUGUUCAAUCUGCAUCCAACAUAUUCGAAUUUGUUAAAUCAUUACAUUACUCGUUUGUUUAAAUGAAUGAUUUGAUGAUUAAUGAUUCCACCACAAUUCCACAGUUUACAGCAAGUUAAUUAUAAGAGAGGAUUUGGGCAUGCAGCUGACAGUAAGAGUAAACGUCUCUGUUCUUAAUUUUGAGAAGUUGGCCUCCUUGCUAAGUACAAACAGACCCAUGCUUACAGCUUAGGGAGAAGAAGAAAAAAAACUGAGCAAAAAGGGGAAAAAAGCAGAAUUUAAAAUUGGAUCAUAAGGGGUUAUACAUAUCAGAACAAACUGCCGGGAGCGCGGAGAGAAUAGGCUAUUGUGUAAAUCAACGUAGAGUACUUGACAUUGCCAAACCCAAUUGUUUUGUUCGUCUAUUUUUCGUUCAUUAUUAUAGGGAGCAAAUACAACAUGUUGAGAGCAACAUUAAUCUAAAGUUAUAUUAUUCAUGAUUGUAUAGAUAGGGCCUACCCAACUCACCCAAUUAUUUACAAAGCAUUGUAAAACAACGAGAACCUUGACUUUUAGUGUUUUAACGACUCAACCUUCAUACUGUAUUUUAUUUUUCAAAAAAAAAAAAAAAAAAUUAUUCAACAAUUAAAAAAAACAUGGAAUAUGAAUGCUGCUGGAAUACUUAAUGUGCAAAGUAAGGAAAUACCAGCCUGAGAAGUUUGGGCUAAAACAGUAAAAUUGGGCCCUGGACUAUUGUCUGUUCCCGUGGUAACCUGCUCCCCUCCCACCAUCCCUGUCAAAUUCCUCAGGAAACACAUCUAAAGCACCAUGUGCAUAGUCUGAUCACAUUAUCUCUGGUUAGAGAGAGGGGGGAGGGAGGAGGAGACAGAGGGAAGUCAAAUACAGGGAGGCCUAGGGAGGAGGAGGACUAGGCCAAACCAGAGGAAGCAAACUGCCAGGCCUAAUUGCACCCUGGGCUACAGUACAUUCAUUGCAAAAUAUGGCGCUGUCUCUUGUUCGGUUCAAAACUCAGACUGUGGAUGUUACGCUUUCUUCCUAACUGUACCUCUCCUCUACUUUAGGCCUGCCACACAGCUGGUGAGCUGAAUAACCCAGAAUAACCGAAUAAAAGGAAGAGUUAUGUAUAUCUGUAAUUGUUCAAACAUAUUGUUAUUUAUCAUUCUAGACACUCUCCUAUUACAAUAUAAUAGGAGAACAAGGGAGAAAUGUGAUGAGCAUCAUUGUAUCAUUGUUGGUUACAUCCUACAGUGCCUUGCAAAAGUAUUCUUCCCCCUUGGCGUUUUUCCUAUUUUGUUGCAUUACAACCUGUAAUUUAAAUGCAUUUUAUUUGGAUUUCAUGUCAUGGACAUACACACAAUAGUCCAAAUUGGUGAAGUGAAAUGAAACAAAUAACGUGUUUCAAAAAAUUCAAAAAAAUAAAUAACGGAAAAGUGGUGCGUGCAUAUGUAUUCACCUCCUUUGCUAUGAAGCCCCUAAAUAAGAUCUGGUGCAACCAAUUACCUUCAGAAGUCACAUAAUUAGUUAAAUAAAGUCCACCUGUGUGCAAUCUAAGUGUCACAUGACCUGUCAAAUGAUCUCAGUAUAUAUACACCUGUUCUGAAAGGCCCCAGAGUCUGCAACACCACUAAGCAAGGGGCACCACCAAGCAAGCAGCACUAUGAAGACCAAUGAGCUCUCCAAACAGGUCAGGGACAAAGUUGUGGAGAAGUACAGAUCAGGGUUGGGUUAUAAAAAAAUAUCCACAACUUUGAACAUCACACGGAGCACCAUUAAAUCCAUUAUUUAAGAAAUGGAAAGAAUAUGGCACCACAACAAACCUGCGAAGAGAGGGCCGCCCACCAAAACUCACAGACCAGGCAAGGAGGGCAUUAAUCAGAGAGGCAACAAAGAGACCAAAGAUAACCCUGAAGGAGCUGCAAAGUUCCACAGCGGAAAUUGGAGUAUCUGUCCAUAGGACCACUUUAAGCCGUACACUCCAAAGAGCUGGGCUUUACGGAAGAGUGGCCAGAAAAAAGCCAUUGCUUAAUGGUAAAAAAUAAGCAAAACAUGUUUGGUGUUCGCCAAAAGGCAUGUGGGAGACUGCCCAAACAUAUGGAAGAAGGUACUCUGGUCAGAUGAAACUAAAAUUGAGCUUUUUGGCCAUCAAGAAAAACGCUAUGUCUGGCGCAAACCCAACACCUCUCAUCACCCCGAGAACACCAUCCCCACAGUGAAGCAUGGUGGUGGCAGCAUCAUGCUGUGGGGAUGUUUUUCCAUCGGUAGGGACUGGGAAACUGGUCAGAAUUGAAGGAAUGAUGGAUGGCGCUAAAUACAGGGAAAUCCUUGAGGGAAACCUGUUUCAGUCUUCCAGAGAUUUGAGACUGGGACAGAGGUUCACCUUCCAGCAGGACAAUGACCCUAAGCAUACUGCUAAAGCAACACUUGAGUGGUUUAAGGGGAAACAUUUAAAUGUCUUGGAAUGGCCUAGUCAAAGCCCAGACCUCAAUCCAAUUGAGAAUCUGUGGUAUGACUUAAAGAUUGAUGUACACCAGCGGAACCCAUCCAACUUGAAGGCGCUGUAGCAGUUUUGCCAGUGGCUAGAUGUGCCAAGCUUAUAGAGACAUACCUGAAGAGACUUGCAGCUGUAAUUGCUGCAAAAGGUGGCUCUACAAAGUAUUGACUUUGGGGGUGAAUAGUUAUGCACGCUCAAGUUCUGUUUUUUUGUCUUAUUUCUUGUUUGUUUCACAAUAAAAAAAGAAUUGUGCAUCUUCAAAGUGGUAGGCAUGUUGUGUAAAUCAAAUGAUACAACCCCCCCCCCAAAAAAAUCCAUUUUAAUUCCAGGUUGUAAGGCAACAAAAUUUGAAAAAUGCCAAGGGGGGGGGGGGGGGGGGGGGGGGGUGAAUACUUCCGCAAGCCACUGUAUAUGCUCUUUACAAUAUAAUAGGAGAACAAGGGAGAAAUGUGAUGAGCAUCAUUGUAUCAUUGUUGGUUACAUCCCUAUAUGCUCUUUAGAACAGCUAGUACUGUCAUCAACCUACUUGGUGAAUCCAUCAACUUAGUAAGUGGCUCUGUCAGUCAUUACUGUAAGAAGUUCUGUAGUCACUGUUUCGUUUUGAGUGGUUUGAAUCGCUGUAAUCAUAGAGAGGCCCUCUCGGCACAAUGAGCGUUUGUUGUCAGGGAUGCACACACGUUAUCCCCCCACCCCAUGGGUAAUAGAGCUGAUCAUGUUCAGAACCCUACUGCCUCUUCACCAUGGUUCUCACGGACUGGUAGACACAAACACACACACACACAACACAGGACCUUGUGUCACGACCGAGAACAUGAGGUCACACAAAGGUCAACAUCUAAUUCUUGUUACAAAAAAUGAAAAAUAUUUCCUUGAUUGCAUGUACAGUGAGCCAUGGAGAGAAAAAGAAACACACAGAUAUGAACCCAGACACACACACAGUUCCAGAGGAACACAUCCCAGUUCUAGUGGAAUGGGCUCGAAAAUUACAAAAUAUUGAGUUGAAGUGUCUGCUCUGUGGUACUGUUGUUUGCGCAGGCCCUAUUUCACAAACACUCUUUAAUUUUAUUAGUGUGAUUCAGCAAUGUGUGUUUAAGCAAGCGAUUCAUUAGGGCCAAGUCCCUCCGGUUGUGAUGUCGUAGAUCCACAGAAUGGGCGUAAACCAUCUAAAAAGGACAGAACGCUGUGUGUAGAGGCAUUGGAUAGAAUUGUCUCAGUUCUAGACCUGCCUUGCCAUGACACUUGAGUGAAUCGUAUUGCAUAACAAAUUGUGAUUAAUAGACUUGUGCUUUGAUUCUUGUUGGUAUACUGCAGUGGUGAAUUUGUGUGAAGUCUGUCUGGUCUGGAAAAACAAGGUUCUAUUCAAUUCAAUUCAAUUCAAUUAAAUUCAAUUCAAUAGAUCUUUAUUGUUCCCGAAAGGCAAUUCUUGUGCAGAAAAAAAAUAAUAAUAAUAAAAUACACACACACAGCAAAAUGAUGCUUUUGACCAGGUUUGAAAGACAAACCUCCAGGUACAACAAACUCAGAUCACACAGGUUUGAGACUACAGUACAGAUAUACUAUAUAUACUAUAUACUGUAGCAUUAAAGAUAUUUACUAACACUAUGUCUGACGUACACUAUAGUGGGCAGGACAGGAGGACAGCAUAUAGAGACGCAUUAGUACUUGUCUGAGUCCAUGGUGGUUGGGCUUAGGCUUAUUGAUGCCAGUGUGGUCAAAGAGCAGAGUAGCAGGCCUGUCAUCAGCGGCUCCACAGAUCUCAGGACAACAGAGAGAAGGAGGGAGAAGAGGAGGGUCCCUUUUUGAUGGGUGCAGUGCACUUAGAUGGGUGAUCAGAGGUCGGGGUCGGUGGGGUUACUCUAAGUUUCUAGAAAAAGUAGUUUGGGCCCCCUUUGUUGACAAAUGGACCCGGUCAUUGGGAUGCAGAUUGAUCCCCUAUUAAUCAAUACAGAGCAAUCAUGAACCAUCAGAUAGCUGGCCUUAAUGAGGAGGGAGGACAAGAGAGGGUCCAUCUACACUGUCUGUCUGUUCUGCAUAGACAAGGCAGUGUUUACGUAAAGCCAUGCUCUCUACAAUGACUUGGGCCUACUUUUAAUUGACAGACAAAUUGCUUAUAGAGCAUAGAGGGAUGCUGUGGCCUGAUCUCUGAAAUAUGUCUGCUGAAGUUAGAAAUUCGUAUUUGAAGUGAAAAAUAUUGAAUUUGCAUAUUGCUCACUUAAUUGUUACAUGAAAUGUUUUGGCUGCUUAAAUUUUCUGUCCUAUUUAAUGUGUGGUGUCUGAAAGGGCAUCAAACUUCUGUGAACUCUGAACUGCUCUUUGAAGGGUAGUCGGUUUCCUUACUCGACAUACCAGAUACACUAUAGAGAACAUUAACGUAACCUUUUACCCCACGUUUCUAUGUGAUAAGGCUUAAUAAAGAGAGACUGGGUUACACACACACACUGCAUUGUUGGCAAAGAGCUUGUAAGUAAGCAUUUACAUUUGAGUCAUUUAGCAGAUGCUCUUAUCCAGAGCGACUUACAGUUAGUGAGUGCAUACAUUUUCCUACUGGCCCCCCGUGGGAAACGAACCCACAACCCUGGCGUUGCAAGCGCCAUGCUCUACCAACUGAGCUACAGGGGACAUGGUAAAGUCUACACCUGUUGUAUUCAGUGCAUGUGACAAAUACAAUUUGAUUUGAUUUGACACACAUACGUUAAGAUAAAGCCAGAAGUAUUUGCCUCUACACUAGACUACAAUAACUACAAUGUCCCUUUUCUCUUCUGUAUAUUUCAGGAACAGGGUCACUCCAACGCUCUCAAGCAGCCCCCCAGCAACACGUAACAUUUCCUUGAGGAACGCGACCAUUGCCGGCUCCCAACAAACAUGGACUGUUUUCCCAUGCUUUAUUUUCUGUCGGUAAGUGGACCAGGCCAAUUCAAUUUAUGCCAUGUGACACCAUUGCCACAUCUUUCUGCAUUUCUCCCUUUGCUUUUCUCAGAAGAUUGAUUUGAGGUUUGUCAUAUUUUACAUUUAAAUGACUAGAUUAGUAAAAUGGAAGAGUGUCUAGUCUGACUUCUACAGAGGAAUUGUUGGUGAAAUGUGUGGCACAUGGUCCUUUGUUUGACUUUGAUUGGUCGGGGUAGACUGAGGGACUGGGCUACUUAUCGAGUUAAGAAUUUGCUUUGACCCCAGGGCUGUUUCUCCUAUUUGUCUAAUCAUAGUGGAGGAGGGAGAGAGAGGAAGAGAGGGAGAAGGAGGGAGAGAGGGAGGAGGAGGGGGUAAAAGGAAUGGCCCUCAGAUUCCGUUCAAAAAGCUGUGUUCUUCAACCAGUUGUUUACUCUUGGAGGAUAGGGGGGAUAUCUGAUCGUAGGACAUUUUACUGUAAAUAAGCCAGACAGGACAAUUAUAACCAAUUAGAGCACCUAUACAGUGAAAACAUUAGUGAAGUGUCCAAUAGGGUGGAGGUUAUGUUGGAAAAAGAAGGAGAGGUAGGAAGGGUAGACAAAUCAAAUGUCACUUAAAACAGAGGUCUCUUUUUCCUCUCUCUCACACUCCCCUAAUUUCUUUUUGCUCUGUUUUUGCCUUCCCAGAGACAUCAUGAUUCCUGGUAAUCGAAUGCUGAUGGUCAUUUUAUUAUGCCAAGUCCUGCUGGGAGAGAGCAACCAUGCUAGUCUGAUACCUGAGGAAGGGAAGAAGAAAGCCCCGGGCCUGCAGAGUCGGACGGCUGGUCAGAGCCAUGAACUGCUGCGGGACUUUGAGGCCACGCUGCUGCACAUGUUUGGGCUGCAGAGGCGACCGCGGCCCAGCCGCUUGGCCACCGUGCCACGCUACCUGCUGGACCUCUACCGGCUGCAGUCGGGCGAGGCUGAGGAGGCCGGCGCCCACGACACCACCUUUGAGUACCCCGAGAGGUCGGCUAGCCGCGCCAACACUGUGAGGGGCUUCCACCACGAAGGUAAAUAGAGCGAUAGAGAAAGAGAGAGAGGGAGGGAGGGAAAGGGAGAUCGAAGUAGAGUGAUAUAAGUAAGUAACUGUCUGUCUGUACACUCUUAGAAAAAAAGGUGCCAUCUAGAACCUAAAAGGGUUCUUCGGCUGGCCCCAUAGGAUAACCCUUUGAAGAACCCUUUUUGGUUCCAGGUAGGUCUGGGUGAUAUCUCAAAUUAAUUCAAUUGUAUUUCUCGCAAUGUUCCAAAUGCCUGUAUCUCAAGAAUCAAGGUUUUAAUGUAUUUUUGGUCUCAUCUGCUUCGCUCCUUCUGUGCUGUGUGCACUGUGCACCUUCCCACUUGCGCACCAAGCCCCUCCCCCUGCCCCUCACAACAACAAAGACGAAAGAGCACUUCUUCCUCUCUGCCAACAAGCAGCUUCAACUCACUAUUUGCAUUUGAGGUUUGGUCCAACAGAAAUCGGUCAUAUGGACACCGAAACACAUUGAGACAAUUUUACUGUUAAUAGAGGAGAACUUAAACUUUCUAAAACCCAAUUUAUGUUGUUUGUGAUUUGUGGUCCAGAGGCUCCAUACGGAUGGUGUGACGCAAUUGCGGAGCCUCUGGAGGCUUGCGGAGGCCAAAUCAAGCACCGUACCACGUCACCGUGCACCUCCCAAAUUUUGUAACAAUGUGGGGGGCUCCAUAUACAGUGGGGGAAAAAAGUAUUUAGUCAGCCACCAAUUGUGCAUGUUCUCCCACUUAAAAAGAUGAGAGAGGCCUGUAAUUUUCAUCAUAGGUACACGUCAACUAUGACAGACAAAAUGGGGAAAAAAAAUCCAGAAAAUCACAUUGUAGGAUUUUUUAUGAAUUUAUUUGCAAAUUAUGGUGGAAAAUAAGUAUUUGGUCAAUAACAAAAGUUGCUCAAUACUUUGUUAUAUACCCUUUGUUGGCAAUGACACAGGUCAAACGUUUUCUGUAAGUCUUCACAAGGUUUUCACACACUGUUGCUGGUAUUUUGGCCCAUUCCUCCAUGCAGAUCUCCUCUAGAGCAGUGAUGUUUUGGGGCUGUCGCUGGGCAACACGGACUUUCAACUCCCUCCAAAGAUUUUCUAUGGGGUUGAGAUCUGGAGACUGGCUAGGCCACUCCAGGACCUUGAAAUGCUUCUUACGAAGCCACUCCUUCGUUGCCCGGGCGGUGUGUUUGGGAUCAUUGUCAUGCUGAAAGACCCAGCCACGUUUCAUCUUCAAUGCCCUUGCUGAUGGAAGGAGGUUUUCACUCAAAAUCUCACGAUACAUGGCCCCAUUCAUUCUUUCCUUUACACGGAUCAGUCAUCCUGGUCCCUUUGCAGAAAAACAGCCCCAAAGAAUGAUGUUUCCACCCCCAUGCUUCACAGUAGGUAUGGUGUUCUUUGGAUGAAACUCAGCAUUCUUUGUCCUCCAAACACGACGAGUUGAGUUUUUACCAAAAAGUUCUAUUUUGGUUUCAUCUGACAUUCUCCCAAUCCUCUUCUGGAUCAUCCAAAUGCACUCUAGCAAACUUCAGACGGGCCUGGACAUGUACUGGCUUAAGCAGGGGGACACGUCUGGCACUGCAGGAUUUGAGUCCCUGGCGGCGUAGUGUGUUACUGAUGGUAGGCUUUGUUACUUUGGUCCCAGCUCUCUGCAGGUCAUUCACUAGGUCCCCCCGUGUGGUUCUGGGAUUUUUGCUCACCGUUCUUGUGAUCAUUUUGACCCCACGGGGUGAGAUCUUGCGUGGAGCCCCAGAUCGAGGGAGAUUAUCAGUGGUCUUGCAUGUCUUCCAUUUCCUAAUAAUUGCUCCCACAGUUGAUUUCUUCAAACCAAGCUGCUUACCUAUUGCAGAUUCAGUCUUCCCAGCCUGGUGCAGGUCUACAAUUUUGUUUCUGGUGUCCUUUGACAGCUCUUUGGUCUUGGCCAUAGUGGAGUUUGGAGUGUGACUGUUUGAGGUUGUGGACAGGUGUCUUUUAUACUGAUAACAAGUUCAAACAGGUGCCAUUAAUACAGGUAACGAGUGGAGGACAGAGGAGCCUCUUAAAGAAGAAGUUACAGGUCUGUGAGAGCCAGAAAUCUUGCUUGUUUGUAGGUGACCAAAUACUUAUUUUCCACCAUAAUUUGCAAAUAAAUUCAUUAAAAAUCCUACAAUGUGAUUUUCUGGAUUUUUUUCCCUCAAUUUGUCUGUCAUAGUUGACAUGUACCUAUGAUGAAAAUUACAGGCCUCUCUCAUAUUUUUAAGUGGGAGAACUGGCACAAUUGGUGGCUGACUAAAUACUUUUUUUCCCCACUGUAGCUCCGUAUAACUCCGCAUUGACAUGAUUGGUUGAUGGUAGGUGGGGGCGAUACGUCCUGUAUAAACACAAACUCACUUCCUUGACAACUUACUUCACAUCAGCUCUGCUCUGUGUAGCGCAAGAAGUAUGAAUGCCCUGACUUCUGCAGAGGCUGCAUCGCAGUAAAUGCUGUACGGCCAAUGCAGACGACGGAAUGACAAUAAAUCAGCUUUUACGAUACCCUUUAUGUCUCAAUGCCCAAAAUGUAGAACAGAACAGACCCUACUAAAACGGGAAUAUCAAUUAACAUGAUUGUGGAAAAUUUGUGCUCAGUAUCUGUUGCUCGCGGCAUUGCGAUACCACGUACCGCUAGCAGCAUUUGAACAGGCUAUGUCAACAAAGUGAACAGGCUAUGUUGUUCAAACAGUUGGAGACAGACAGGAGGGUGUAUUCAUAACAGUUCAACGGUACUACCUUGUUAGCAAGCAAAUAGAUCCAAGUUGGCUACUCACUAGCACGUGGGCUUGUGCUUGAGAGAGAUUGUUUAUGAGACCUGUGUUCAUUUUCUAUAACGCCUGCUACCAGAAGUUGGUCAUUAUUAAUGGGAGUGCGUUGUGCAUGGUUCUGGUUAAAUUUGUAACAAAAAGGAAAUUUUCAUAGACAGACUUGAAAGCCAGAUCAGUGAUUAUUGCAAAAAAACAGGUUAAACUAUUUUGAUCAAAUAACUAAAUGAGUGGGUUUUAUGGUUGUGGAAGGCUUAUAUUUAGCCUAGGUAUAAUUCAACAAGUCCUGAAUUCAUUUGAUUAUUCCUGACUGUUUGAAAUGCAGUGUAUUGACCUUUAAUUGUGCAACAAAGCAUAUUUAGAGAUAACUUUUUUUUAAAUUGAGAUAUAUAUCGUGACGUUAGAAAGAAAUGGAGAUAUGAGUUUUAGGCCAUAUCGCCCAGUCCUAGUUCCAGGUAGAACCCUUUUGGUUCCAGGGGACAGCUGAAAAACCCUUUUGGAACCCUUUUUUCUAAGUGUGUACAGAGGACCACAUUGGUAAUGGCGGUUGUGUAAUACUUUCAUGCCUUAUCCUCUGGGACCAGUCCCAUGUGGCUCAGUUGGUAGAGCAUGGAUCUUGCAACGCCAGGGUUGUGGGUUCAAUUCCCAGGGGGGACCAGUAUGAAAAAGUAUGGAAAUAUAUGCACUCACUACUGUAAGUCACUCUGGAUAAGAUAACAUGUAUAAAUGUAAACCCAAUAAAUUAAUCAAAGAGAUAUGCAUGGAUUUUGAGUACAUGGGGGAAUCCAGAGGUGAUGUGAACUUCCCUCUGGUAAGUGUGAGAAAAGUGCAUAUUUCCUGGAGUGUACAGUUAGUUAUACAAUGCAUGUCUAUGACAUAUGCGCCAUUACAGAAUCCAUGAGCCAAAGUCAAGCUAAUUGGCCAAUCAGCACCUGAAACAGCAAUGGUUUGGAAUUAAGCACUAACUGCCUUCCGUAAAAUAAAACAUUUUCUGUUCAUCAACAGUCCAUGCCCAUUUGAUAACAUUCCAAUGGUGAUGGCAGCAACACGUCUCCCACUACCUACUUCGUUAGCCUGGGUGUGGACCCAUAAGCCCAAAAAUCCCUAUGUCUCAUCGAAAGAAAUUAAAAUGCAACAUUUCCUACAUCACUUAAACAUAAAUGUAAGACAUCCCCCUCCCACCUUCAACAUAAACUAUUAAAUCUAAGGAUGUGGUCACAAAAUGGUGGCCAAAGAGGUGGUAAGAAUUCAGUCAGACAAGUUCCCCUCCUUCUGAGAGAAUCUGCAGCCUACAGCGGGUUUGGUUAGCAGCUCAAGGAAAGGCAUACCUUCAUAUUAUUGAGUUACACUUCUCACCCCACCCAGCACAAGGGCUUAAAAAAGCCUUUGGCCAGCAGUAGUGUGCCUCUCUCUCAUGUCUCCAGUUUAAAUGGAGCUAAGGACCUUUUACAGGGACCUUUUACAGGGACCUUCCUCAACAUGCAAUUAUCUUUAAUGCUACUCUGCAGCCUUCUAAAUAAAGUCCCUCCUGCCAACAAUGUGGGCAGUGGGAGCAGAGCAGACACAACCAGAAGCACUGUGAAAAGCUGGAAUAUAGACUCUCUAACUCUGGGGUGAUAGAGGGACAGAAAUAUGGAGGAGAACGUGAAAGGUAGCCUGUUGGGUCUUUCUGUAUGGUGUUAUGUUGACGGAUCAGAGGUGCCAUACUGGUCCUUGGUUAUCCAAAGUUUGUGUAAGAGAGACACGUUAGCAUGGGUGUAUACAACUAUACAAGUGUGGCAUGGAGAGCCAGUCAGAAACAACAGUUCUGUAACAGGCUUCAUGCACAACUGAGAUCAAUAGAGGUAAACUUGUAGGCUAAGUAUGUGCAGUACGAACAUUCAUAUAAAAUAUCUCUAAAACAGAUUUGUCUUGUGUAAUCCAGAGAUCAUACACAGUGUGACAGUAAUAGUGGAGGGAGUGCUGGACGGAAAGGCAGAGCUGGAGGGCUGAAGAAAAACAUGUCUGCCCUCAGGGGAGGAGGGAUGAGUCAGCCUUAAUGGGGCCUGUCUAACACACUGUCUAAGACGGCACAGCACCGCACCAAGGCCACUCAGGAAGAAGGAGGCUCAGCCGCAUGUCUAUGAUACGAUGUGUGUGUUUAACUAUGCUAAUAACAUGCUUGGAGCCUUUUGUUGAGCGGGAGAAAUAAGAUAAAACUAGGUUCUUUGUUUUCAUGUAAAAUUCCAUUAUAUAACAAUUCUAAUGAGUUUUUAGGAUCACUACAAGGUAAUAAGAUACUUAGUCAAGGCACCAAGUUCAAGUUGACAACAAUAGAGCUAAGGAAGGGAAACUAUGUGAAAAGAGAACUGUGUUGGUUUCAAGUGGGGAGAAACUGUACAGGGAAAAAUGCAAGGCGUCAAAGACAACUCUUGAGGUUAAAGAUGCAAUUACCCACUAAAUCCUCCAGGAAUUCAAACGAUGGGAAAUACUGUGUUUUCCAGGCCUCCACUUAGUCUUAGCCCUGGAUUAAAUCAAAUCGAGCGUUAACCAGCAUUAACUAGCGUUGGCCGACAUCCGCAUAGCAGAUGUUUUGGCGGUGUUGGAGGUGUAACUGUGGUACGAGCUGACAUAUCGGUGAGCGGCUGCUCGUGUGUCACAAACCACUCCCUUCCUUAUUAUCCUUACUGCUUUAGAAGUUCAUAAUGGCGCUAGAAAGUGUAGGCCCUAUUGAUGAUAGAAAUGACUCUCAAAUGUGAAACCAUUGAUGUUAGGCUAAUGCAUGUUUUCAUGUUAAUUUGGAUAGGUGGAUUUCUGAGUCUAAUCAGUCUAAUUAGAGGUUUGAACUGCAUGGGAUUUGUGUGGCGUGGUUUCGUUGCAUUCAAUGGCAGUGUCCGCAAUAAGGUAACGUAACGAGCCGCUUGUGGAUUUGACAGCUCAAAUGCAGUUCCACCUCUGACACCGCCAAAACAACACUAUGCAGAUGUCAAUCUGAUUGAAUCUAGCCCUUAGCUCCCUAGCUGCUCCGCCACCAAAGGAUUGUCUGUGGGAAUCCGUAAUGAUUAUUCAUGAUGAAAAUGACAAAUGUCCCUAGUUAAACUGCAGAGCCAAUCAAAAACACAGCAGGUUUGAAUAAUGACAACCACCUGGGUAAGAUUAAAGCCUGGGUGUGAAAUAACAGGGCUGGAUUGAGCAGGAAAAUAGUAGACACAACAUUCCUUUCCCAACAAUUGUGAUCUUGCCAGAAGUCUACAGACUGUGCAUGGAAUAGUUACCCUCCACUAUGUUUAUAUGGUAGCUGCGGUACGUUAAUCACCACCCUCUAAGUAAUGCAUGUUUCAGCAAAGUGCUCAGAGAAAGGCAUUGUGGGAAGUCCUGGAUGAUCCUUAUGGAUAUAUGAAGUAUAGACGAUGUACACUACCGUUCCAAAGUUUGGGGUCACUUAGAAAUGUCCUUGUUUUCCAUAAAAACAUACAUGAAAUUGUUUGAAUAGGAAAUAUAGCAAAAUGCAUAGGAAAUGUAGUCAUUGACAAGGUUAGAAAUAAUGAUUUUUUAUUGAAAUAUUAAUUGUGUCCUUCAAACUUUGCUUUCGUCAAAGAAUCCUCCAUUUGCAGCAAUUACAGCCUUGCAGACCUUUGGCAUUCUAGUUGUCAAUUUGUUGAGGUAAUUUGAAGAGAUGUCACCCCAUGCUUCCUGAAGCACCUCCCACAAGUUGGAUUGGCUUGAUGGGCACUUCUUACAUACCAUACGGUCAAGCUGCUCCCACAACAGCUCAAUAGGGUUGAGAUCCGGUGACUGUGCUGGCCACUCCAUUAUAGACAGAAUACCAGCUGACUGCUUCUUCCCUAAAUAGUUAUUGCAUAGUUUGGAGCUGUGCUUUGGGUCACUGUCCUGUUGGAGGAGGAAAUUGGCUCCAAUCAAGCGCCGUCCACAGGGUAUGGCAUGGCAUUGCAAAAUUGAGUGAUAGCCCUCCUUCUUCAAGAACCCUUUUACCCUGUACAAAUCUCCCACUUUACCACCAAAGCACCCCCAGACCAUCACAUUGCCUCCACCAUGCUUGACAGAUGGCAUCAAGCACUCCAGCAUCUUUUCCUUUGGUCUGCGUCUCACAAAUGUUCUUCUUUGUGAUCCGAACACCUCAAACUUCGAUUAGUCUGUCCAUAACACCUUUUUCCAAUCUUCCGCUGUCCAGUGUCUGUGUUCUUUUGCCCAUCUUAAUCUUUUAUUUGUAUUGGCCAGUCUGAGAUAUGGCUUUUUCUUUGCAACUCUGCCUAGAAGGUCAGCAUCCCGGAGUCGCCUCUUCACUGUUGACGUUGAGACUGGUGUUUUGCGGGUACUAUUUAAUGAAGCUGCCAGUUGAGGACCUGUGAGGCGCCUGUUUCUCAAACUAGACACUAAUGUAUUUGUCCUCUUGCUCAGUUGUCCACCGGGGCCUCCCACUCCUCUUUCUAUUCUGGUUAGAGUCCGUUUGCGCUGUUCUGAGAAGGGAGUAGUACACAGCAUUGUACGAGAUCUUCAGUUUCUUGGCAAUUUCUCGCAUGGAAUAGCCUUCAUUUUUCAGAACAAGAAUAGACUGACGAGUUUCAGAAGAAAGUUCUUUGUUGCUGGACAUUUUGAACCUGUAAUCGAACCCACAAUUGCUGAUGCUCCAGAUACUCAACUAGUCCCAAGAAGGGCAGUUUUAUUGCUUCUUUAAAUCAGUUUUCAGCUGUGCUAACAUAAUUGCAAAGGGGUUUUCUAAUGAUCAAUUAGCCUUUUAAAAUGAUAACUUGGAUUAGCAAACACAACGUGCCAUUGGAACACAGGACUGAUGGUUGCUGAUAAUGGGCCUCUGUACGCCUAUGUAGAUAUUCCAUUACAAAUCAGCCGUUUACAGCUACAAUAGCCAUUUACAACAUUAACAAUGUCUACACUGUAUUUCUGAUCAAUUUGAUGUUAUUUUAAUGGAGAAAGAAAUUGCUUUUCUUUCGAAAACAAGGACAUUUCUAAGUGACCCCAAACUUUCGAACGGUAGUGUAUAUUUGUACACUCAGUCCCCGGAGGCUUUCCCAAGUGAACGUGGACAUUAUUUUGUGUCAAUUAAGGCAUGUUAGACUGCAGAGAUAUGUGUUUUUGUACGGUAGAAAGCUGUCUUCCAAGACAUAACUGCAGGCCAUGUAAAACUGUGUGGUUGCAAUCAUGAAGAUGUUAAACUGUUAAACAACCGACGGUGUAAUAGUUUUGGAGGGAACAAAUUAAUAGUAAUAAAGAGGGAAGUGAAGGGAACUCGGAGGCAAAGAUAAAAUAUGAAAAUACUCAGUGAUAAACUCUUAAAUCAAAUCCAUACAGGAUGUCAUUAGUCAAGAUGGCAGCCCAUACGGACUCCCUUGGUAAAAGUGCUGACAUUGACUGUGUCCUGUUGUCUUUCUCAGAGCACAUGGAGCCGGUUCAUCCGGGCGAGCCUCAGAUGAAGAACGGAGAGGCCAUCCCGCUGCGCUUCCUCUUCAACCUCAGCAACAUCCCAGAGGACGAGUUGCUCUCAUCGGCCGAGCUGCGUCUGUUCCGGCAGCAGAUCGACGAGGCCAUUACGGAAAGCGAGGGAGACAAGGAUGGGCUCCACCGGAUAAAUGUGUAUGAGGUGCUGAAGCCCCCGCGGGCCGGGCAGCUAAUCACACGGCUUUUGGACACGCGGCUUGUGCGCCAUAACGCCUCGCGCUGGGAGAGCUUUGACGUGAGCCCCGCCGUGCUGCGCUGGACACAGGAGCGCCUGCCCAACCACGGGCUGGCCGUGGAGGUCCAGCACCUCAACAAGACACCGCGCCACCAGGGCCGCCACGUGCGCAUCAGCCGCUCGCUGCACCAGGAGCCCGGCGAGGACUGGGAGCAGCUACGCCCCCUGCUGGUCACCUUCGGCCACGAUGGCAAGGGCCACCCGUUGACGCGCCGGGCCAAGCGCAGCCCAAAGCAGCGGGGGCGUAAGCGCAACCGCAACUGCCGCCGUCACGCUCUUUACGUGGACUUCAGCGAUGUAGGCUGGAAUGACUGGAUAGUGGCACCCCCAGGGUACCAGGCUUACUACUGCCAUGGGGAGUGCCCCUUCCCCCUGGCGGACCACCUGAACUCUACCAACCACGCGAUUGUGCAGACGUUGGUGAACUCUGUGAACACCAACAUUCCCAAGGCCUGCUGUGUGCCCACGGAGCUCAGUGCCAUCUCCAUGCUCUACCUGGAUGAACACGACAAGGUGGUCUUAAAAAACUACCAGGAAAUGGUAGUGGAAGGGUGCGGCUGCCGCUAACACUGACUAUGGGCAACUUGAGGCAGGCAGCACAGACGCUAAGAAAAUUCUUAAGGCCCCACCUUACUCCCCAAAUUCACUUGGACCCUUAUUUAUAACUUUUAUGUUGAGACGUAUGUUCGUCAUUUUAUUUUAUUUUCUUGACAAUAUGAUCA